CCGAACCAAUGGACCCUGACCUGGAGUCUGCCCCACCACCCCGACACACACUGCCUCCUCAGCAAGGCGGAGCAUCAUUCCCACAAGCGCCUCACCCACAGAGAAGGGGAGAAGUUGAGACGAAGGAAAAAACUGAGCCUCUGGAAUCUCCCCCAGCCUACCAGCUGCCUCCAGCAUCAGCACCUCCCCUCGCUUCUCCAUCACACAUGAGAUCCGGUCUUACAUAUGGCGAUGGAAAAGAUACUCUCCUGGACCUGACCACGUGCUCACCAGUGGGUCCACAAGGCUGUAACCUAAAGUGUGAAGUUCUUCAUCUUCCAAUGGUGGAAGUGGCUGGAGCUGAUGGCGUGCUUUUAGUCCACAGACCCUGGAUGACAGCUGAUAUCAAGGAAAGCAUGGCUUCUCUUCCCAAUGUGAGAGAGGUAGGAGGAAAGAGAUUUGGUAACGAACUGUUGAUAUUUUGCAGAAAAUUCCGACCGACCACCCAUGAACUUCGCUGCCUAAUCAUGACCAAGAUGGGUAUAGAUUGGAACAAAGUUUCCAAAGAGUGGCCGGAAGCUGACCAGCGAAUGACUACACCAGACUGGAGCACGGCUGGCAAUAGUGAGUAUAGAGAUACCAUCACUGCUCUCUGUGCUCGUCUGGAUAGUGCUUUUCCUUUGAACAUAGACAUGACUAAGAUCAGUAUGUGUAAGCAAGAAGAUGGAGAAGUGGUGUCAGCAUUUCUCACCCGUCUCACCGCCACGCACGAGAAAACAGUGGCCUGACCAGACCCGUGAACCUGGCUGCAGUGGAGGGCACUCCUGAGCCUCACCAAGA